AUGAUCCAAAAACCACAUAGGGUGGCUACCUUCUUCGGAUGCAUUGGGACGGACCAUUUCGGAGAGAUCCUGAAGAAGAAGGCAGGAGAAGCCAACGUGGAUGCCCAUUACUAUGAGCAAAACGAGGAGCCAACAGGCACCUGUGCAGCCUGUAUCACCGGAGACAAUAGGUCCCUUGUUGCUAACCUGGCAGCGGCAAACUGCUACAAAAAGGAAAAACACCUGGACUUGGACAGCAACUGGGAGCUGGUGGAGAAAGCCAGGGUCUAUUAUAUUGCAUGGGAUGUAUGGGCUGGCCUGGCCCUGCUGGAGGAUCAGCCAGCUCCACAGCCCUGCAAGCCUGAGUGGGCGGAGUGUGGUAAAUUAGGGUGGUCUCCUGACUGUGUUGCUCAUCCAGGGGGUUUCUUCCUGACUGUGUCUCCAGAAUCAAUCCUCAAGGUGGCAAAGCACGCCUCGGACAACAACAAAAUCUUCUGCAUGAACCUCUCAGCCCCAUUCAUCAGCCAGUUCUUUAAAGAGCCUUUGAUGAAGGUUAUGCCUUACGUUGACAUCCUGUUUGGAAAUGAGACGGAGGCGGCCACAUUUGCCAAAGAGCUGGGCUUUGAGACAGAUGACAUUGCAGAGAUCGCAAAGAAGACCCAAACCCUCCCCAAGGAGAACAGGAAGAGGCAAAGAGAGGUGGUCUUUACACAGGGCGAGGAUGUCACAGUUGCAACAGUUGGUGACAAAGUGACAAUGUUUCCUGUUUUGGACAUUGACCAGAAUGACAUUGUGGAUACUAAUGGUGCCGGAGAUGCCUUUGUAGGAGGCUUUCUUUCCGCAUUGGUGCAAGAUCAAGCUUUGGAGGAGUGCAUUCGGGCCGGACAUUAUGCAGCCAAUGUCAUCAUCAGACGGGUUGGAUGCACCUUCCCGGAGAAACCGAACUUUCACUGAUGUUUCUAAACUUGGUUUUCUCUCAUGAUACCCAUUGUACUUCAGGAAUUUAUGUACAUUUUUCAGUUUACUGUGACUGACAUUUUUGGACUAAUUGUGAUUAGCUUGUCUGUUUAAUCAGGCUUAAAUAAGCAACGUCGAUGUUAUGUCAAUGUUUUUCAAAUUACUAGUAAGGGAGCAUGAUUAUGUGUAAAGGAUAAUUAUGCUGAAUAUGCUACCCUAACGGUUGGGAAAGGCAGUAGAAUAGAGUUGCAGCAUCAACUGUUCAUUGCUCUGAAUGAUUGUAGUUCUCAUACACUAUGUUUCAAUACUUUGAUUGGAAAUAUACCGAAGGAACUGAUGAAUUGAAUGAAAGUACAAAAUGUUGCAGAAAGUCUUGAACACUUAAACCUAAUAUUGCUGCUUUGAAAUGUUUGAAAAGUUGGUUAUUUGCCCCUUCAUGAGAGACUUACAAUCAGCUCUAACUGUGCUUCAGAUUUAUGGCCACAGAAUUAAAUUAAGCAUCAAUGUAUACAUCUCAAAACAUCCCUGCUACAUGAUUUACCGCCCAAUACUUUUCAAUGUUUCCUUUGCUGAAAGAUUGCUAAUCGCUAUUCUUCCAAUGGAAUUUCAAAGCUCUGAGGAGGUGCCAGUGGCACAUAAAUAGUAUAUUUAGUGGUGUAAAGUAGAAGUGUGGUGUAGCAAGCUGAAAGCUUUUAUCUUCGAAGCCUGAAGGGUGUGAGCAUAGAGAUUCUCUAUAAUAUAAAAUCUAUUAUAUUGUUAGUUCAUUAGUAUUCCUUUUAUUUUCAGCUAUGAUGUGGUGGGCAUCAUUUAUCUACUAUUACGGGUGGUUUUCCAAAAGUUCAAUGUUAAUGGCACAAAACUGCAAAUAUUUUUUUCAUUACUUUACAAAUAAACACAUAUUCCAUUCAUCUUGUCAUGAAACUGCUUUAUCCAUAAAAUUUCAUUAUUAGACCUAUAAGAUUCAUUUAACCAAUGGAUGCAAUAUAGCUUCUUAAGAAAAGACCAUUCAAAACCCACACAGUUUGUGAGUGUUAAUUUAAUCAGCCAAAACUAGUCUCAUGCUAAUCACUUUUGGGCAGCUCAACACCCUCUAUUAUGGGCAUGGUGUCCCCGCUCUGUUGAAGUCACCCUACCCCCUACCCAUUCUCACUGCGGUCCUGACUGGACAUUGGGUGUCUUAUAUGUGGCUGCGGGGCUGCAGGAGAUCAUUUUUCUCAGUUUAAGGGAUUAGUGGUUGGUCUUCGCUACGUCCAUUAAAGGGACCUGAAAAUUAGGCUGAUCCCUCGUACCCAGCUGUGCUGUCGCUGGGGGUUGGAGACGGGGUGAGUGGGGGGGGGAGGGACCUCCCCUCCCACUCACCAGUAGAAGUGUUAGGCAGUGGCUCGUGUUUUGUUAGAAAUAUUUUAACACUCUUCUUCCACCAAGAAUGGUCAUUCAGAGUAAACAUUUUGGUCCUCUUCAAAAGUUAAUUGUGUAACAUUUCUUUCGAGCACAUAAGAGAAAGUCCAGUGUUUUUUGCUCUCUGCACCAGAGCUCCACGUUCUUUAAUGAAGCAUAGUUUAUGCAUUUAUGCUAAUUAGGGCCAUCUAGGUGAAAACAUUUCUACAGCCAAAAUGUUAUUAACAACUUUCGGGCACUUUUUUUCUUCUCAGUUUUUUUUUUUUAAAAAGGUUUCACACAGAUGCGCUUUGAAAAGGACCACAUUUCUGAUUGGGCAAGAUCACACCCCGUGGCAGCUGGUUCAUUUGCUUCUCAAGAUGACAGAUGGCAAAACACAAACACAAAAAGAGAGAGCCAUGAUUAAGUAAUGAGAAUGCCUGCCACAAUAAGGGAACUACUUCUCUCACUUUUCCAGAUAAACUUUUGCCUCACUCUUUGAAUGCAAAAGAUUUUUUUUUUUAAACUCAAAAGUCUAUCUCACAUACAAUUUACAAUAGUGUGUUAGUCAUUCAUAUGCAUUUUGAAUAUGUUUAUCGUCAAUUAUGAUGAUUUGCAUCGAUUACCACUUUUUGCACUUUCAAGUUUGUUUUCUUGCUUUUGUUCAUCUUAAAUUUGAAUGAAAAACAGAAAAGACUGUCCAAAUGUUAUCUAUGAUAGUAGGUUUUCGAUAGCAUCAUUUUAGUUAAAUCAAGAAAAAGAGUAACUGGGGCCCUGGCCCGUGCUUUGCCCCGCAGAUGGGCAGCAGUGUUUGUGAACACCAGUGUGGCAGUUGGCAGGAAUGACAGGAGGGGGAUGGGCAGACUGCAAUGGCACAUGCUCCAAUUCAAAUUAUCCCUGGACCCAUGCAGCAGUGGAGGACCUGCUGGGGCCCAGGGUGGCAUUCAUUAUAGCCAGACACAGACAGGUUUUGGUCAGUGCCUCCACCCUGACACCAGUCAUAACAGCAUCAAACAUGGACACUAUGAAUUUUUUUUACCUGUUGUGAUAUUUUGGUUUCAGUGGCACUUAAAUUGAAUAUCUAAUUAGUCCACAUGUACCACAACAGCCAGUAAACAUGCUUAAAUAGACAUUGGAAAAAGAACAGCAAUGGGUGUCAAAUAUUACACAUUUGGAAAAGACAUACAGGUCUAAACUCGUAGGUAUUAACACUAAGGGCCAUAUUAAAAGAAAAAAAAUCAAUACUUAGAUUAAUGCUAAUCAGAGAACAAAAAUUUCAACAGGGUGAAGCUUGUUUUAAACGGUGUUUGUACAGUAGGCAACAGCAUUUAUAAUCUGACAUGAAGUUACCAAUUAUUUCUCUAAUUACAGAUACAUUACUGCAUAAAAAUGAGCUUUCUGGCACUUCUAAUGGUGUUAAAGGCCUAAACGAGGGAAGCCAAGUUAAAUCAGAAAAUUUAAUGAUGUACGUUACUGCUAACUACUGCUCUAUCUUGGACUUGGCAAAGGCAAUUAACUGAUUAGGAUGUUGGUGUGUAAUAUUCCUUAUGGCCCCUUAAUAAAACUGGUCAGUGCAAGAAAUUGCUCGUUUUAAAAUAAAAAGUCUGGGUUUCUGCGUUCACGUCAAUCACAUUUAAGCAUGUGCUUCACAUCAAUGGAAGUUUAAAAUGCCUUGAG